AUGGAAACUGCCUGCCUCAGCCCACCUCUGCUGGAUAUCCUUCCACCUCAACAACUGUCCUCACUUCAUCUAACAGAUGAGGCGGGCUUCACUGCAGACUCAGACUCAACCGUCUGCACUGAGAUUGUCAGCGAGGCCCUCGAAGUAUUUUAUCCCGCCCUUGGCACCAUUUGUCGCAAUUGCGCUCCGUCUUUCAAUUCCUCCUUGGCUCCCAUUUUCUAA